AUGGCUGCAAUGCCGCAGAUGUCACUGUGCCUGCUGCUGCUGUGGUUUCUGCCCCUGACCGAGGGGUCGCAGCGGGCUGAACCCAUGUUCACUGCGGUCACCAACUCCAUCCUGCCCCCUGACUAUGACAGCAACCCCACCCAGCUCAACUACGGCGUGGCAGUGACCGACGUGGACCACGACGGGGAUUUCGAGAUCGUUGUGGCAGGGUACAAUGGCCCCAACCUGGUUCUGAAGUAUGACCGGCCUCAGAAGCGGCUGGUGAACAUCGCCGUGGAUGAGCGCAGCUCGCCCUACUAUGCAUUGCGGGACCGCCAGGGAAACGCCAUUGGGGUCACAGCCUGUGACAUCGAUGGGGACGGCCGUGAGGAGAUCUACUUCCUCAACACCAACAACGCCUUCUCAGGAGUGGCCACAUACACAGACAAGCUGUUCAAGUUCCGUAACAACCGCUGGGAAGAUAUCCUGAGUGAUGAGGUCAACGUGGCGCGUGGCGUGGCCAACCUCUUUGCGGGGCGCUCUGUGGCUUGUGUGGACAGGACGGGCUCUGGACGCUACGCCAUCUACAUCGCCAACUAUGCCCAUGGUAAUGUGGGGCCAGAUGCACUCAUUGAGAUGGACCCCGAGGCCAGCGACCUGUCCCGGGGCAUCUUGGCACUCAGAGAUGUGGCUGCCGAAGCCGGAGUCAGCAAGUACACAGGUGGCCGAGGGGUCAGCGUGGGCCCCAUCCUUAGCAGCAGUGCCUCGGAUAUCUUCUGCGACAAUGAGAACGGGCCCAACUUCCUCUUCCACAACCAAGGCAAUGGUACUUUUGUGGAUGCUGCAGCCAGUGCUGGGGUGGACGACCCCCUCCAGCAUGGCAGAGGUGUUGCCCUCGCUGACUUCAACCGGGAUGGCAAAGUGGACAUUGUCUACGGCAACUGGAAUGGUCCCCAUCGCCUCUACCUGCAGAUGAGUGCCCACGGGAAGGUCCACUUUCGGGACAUAGCCUCGUCAAAGUUCUCCUCGCCAUCUCCUGUCCGUACCGUCAUCGCUGCCGACUUUGACAAUGACCAGGAGCUGGAGAUCUUUUUCAACAACAUUGCCUCCCGCACCUCCUCAGCCAACCGCCUCUUCCGGGUCAUCCGCAGGGAGCACGGAGACCCCCUCAUCGAGGAGCUCAACCCUGGUGAUGCCCUGGAGCCCGAGGGCCGGGGCACAGGGGGCGUGGUGACCGACUUUGACCAGGACGGAAUGCUCGACCUCAUCCUGUCCCACGGGGAAUCCAUGGCCCAGCCACUGUCCGUGUUCCGGGGAAAUCAGGGCUUCAGCAACAACUGGUUGCGAGUGGUGCCCCGAACCCGGUUUGGGGCCUUUGCCCGGGGUGCCAAGGUCGUACUCUACACCAAGAAGAGUGGGGCCCACCUGAGGAUCAUCGAUGGGGGCUCAGGCUACCUGUGCGAGAUGGAGCCCGUGGCUCACUUCGGCCUAGGGAAAGAUGAAGCAAGCAGCGUGGAGGUGACGUGGCCAGAUGGCAAGAUGGCCAGCCGCAGCGUGGCCAGUGGGGAGAUGAACUCCGUUCUGGAGAUCCUGUAUCCCAGAGAUGAGGACGUGCUUCGGGACCCAGACCCCCUGGAGUGCGGCCAAGGAUUCUCUCAGCAGGAAAGCGGCCAUUGCAUGGACACCAACGAAUGCAUCCAGUUCCCCUUCGUGUGUCCCCGUGACAAGCCCGUGUGUGUCAACACCUAUGGGAGCUACAGGUGCCGGACAAACAAGAGGUGCAAUCGGGGCUAUGAGCCCAACGAGGACGGCACGGCCUGUGUGGCACAAGUGGCCUUUUUAGGUGGGUUUUCCUCGGCAGCCUUUAGAAUCUCGGGGCCUCUAUCCCGGGCCUCCUAUCUGGUUCUAGGCCUUGGACUUUGCCUUCAGUUCUAUGCACUUUAAAUCCUAUCAAUAAAGGAAAAA